UGAAUUAAAGAAAGAUUUGAUGACUGUUUAAAUGGAAGAAUUUGGGGAAAUGUUUCGGGUCCCAAAGUUCCUGUGCCUGGUUGCCAGACAGUGGAACGGGAAAGCCAGGGGCAUCCACAGCAUGAGUGAGUCCAUGACCCCGGGCAGCAGUCCCAAGAGAAGAACACUGUUAGAGUUCCUCGCAGACCACUUCCAAGACGUCCAGACUCUGAGAGAAUACUUGCUCCAGAAACAGAUACGGAAAGUGAACCAGGAGAAUCGAUCCUACAGUGGCAUCCAGGAGAGGUACGGCCCGUAUAUCAGCGGUGCUUUCUUCAUCCUGAACCAGGGAGGCGCAGUGAAGUUUCAGGACAAGGAGUGGAUCCUGCAACAUGAGCGCGGCCACUUUCUUGCCGAGUUCCAGAAGUUCCAGAACAUACCUGUGGAGGCUGUGGAUGCGAGCGGCUGUGCCAUCAAUUACCAGGGCAUGAGUAACAUCUUGCCCCUGAAGGAGCUGCGCUCUCUGUCGCUGCAGCGCUGCCCCAACGUGGACGACUGGUGCCUCGGCCGCCUCCACGUGCUGGCCGCCUCGCUGCAGGAGCUCUCGCUGGCUGGCUGCCCCCGAGUCUCAGAGCGGGGCCUUGCCUGCCUCCACCAUCUCCAGAACCUCCGCAGGCUGGACAUCUCAGGCCUUCCUGCCGUAUCCCACCCAGGCCUCACUCAGAUAUUGGUGGAAGAGAUGUUGCCCCAUUGUGAGGUCCUUGGAGUUGACUGGACCCAGAGUCUGAACCCAGGGGCAGACCAGCAGCCUGAGGACACACCAAACCCCCUCUCUUCAUAGUGGCCCCACUCCUGAAGGCUCUGUGGACUCUGACAUCUCACGCUCUAUUGGCCAGACUGAGGCGGGUACUGACGGCCUGGGCAGACGGCCUCCGUGCACAGCUGCAUGCAGCUCCAUGGUUUCCCCUGUCCCUGUCUGCGAAGAGGAGCCCUGAACUGUCCACACACAUGCCCGCAGGGACUGGGGCUGACCUGAGGCGGUGCUGCCCUUUAUAGCGAGUUGUUCCCUGUGCAGGCUGGUCCACAAGGUGGCCAGCAUCCUUGGCCCACGUGCACUGACGACCAGCAGAACCCCAAGCCCCAUGGCAUUGCCCAUCGGUUUACUGACUUGCACGUUCAAAUGCGGGGGUUGGGAAAAUGUCCUCUUUGGCCGGCACAACAGACUCUGUCAGUAGUGGGUGCUGGAGAAAAUCCAAAUGGAAUGCGAGGCUGUGUGCAGGGAUUAGAGUGUGCAGCAUAGCAGGGCGGGGCAGGGCAGCGGCUCCCCGGCGCAGCUCCCACAUCCUGGUGGUCAGCAGCUUCCCUGGCGCUGUUGUCGGUUGCCAGCGGCCGCCUCGUGCCACCAGUGCACCGAGGAAGCGUGGGGUUCUCUGUAUUAAACCCUCUGUUCCCGUA